AAACAAAAACAAAUGCCUUUUGAUGACAGUCUUUCCCUCCUUUCCUUUUCGUCGCUCUGAAAAUCCCCAAAUUAUUUCCUACUCAAUCUUUCCCUCCAUAUUUUUUCACUUCCCCAAGACCUGAAAUUCCUUAUCCCUCACCUCCAAUUUCACCACUAAUCCAAAAUUUUAAGUGUUUUUCUACAUUCCGAUGGGAGCCAGUUCUUCAGAAACCCUAGAACCUCAGUCUCUUGAACUAGAUUGUCCCGGUUCGCCAAAUGCCCGAACCGGAUCUCCGGACACAUCGUCAGGUCAGGUCCUUGCAACCUCCGGGAGCUCAUCGGAUUCGGAUGUUUUAUUUGACCGGGAAAACGAGACGGAAAAAGAACAUCCUCAAGAUGACAGGGAUAUAGUCGUGGGCGGAGGAUUUUUCAAUUUAGGCAAUACCUGCUUUCUAAAUGCGGUCCUGCAAUGCUUCAUGCACACAGUCCCUGUCGUUGAAGGCCUACUAGCUUUCAAUCAUCCAUAUCCUUGUGAUGGCUAUAUGGAAGGAUUCUGCAUGAUUUGUGCUCUAAAAGAGCUAAUUGAAAACUUAUUGUCUUCCAAUUACAGUGCUGUCUCUCCUUGGAAACUUGUCAACAACAUAAACUACUUUUCAUCUAGCUUCCAGCGGUACCAACAAGAAGAUGCUCAUGAAUUCCUCCAGUGUUUUCUGGACCGACUUGAAAGCUGCUGUGCUGAUGCAAAGCAGAAUGAAUUGAUGCCCCAGAAUGUCAACCUCGUAAAGCAAAUCUUUGGAGGUCGCCUCAUUAGCAAAGUACGGUGCUGCAAUUGUGAUCACUGCUCUGACACUUAUGAGCCUCUGAUUGAUUUGAGUCUGGAGAUUGAACAUGUGGACAGCAUUCCUGCUGCUUUGGAGUCUUUUACAAAGGUUGAACAUAUUGAAGAUCCAGAAAUAAAGUUCACGUGUGCAAAUUGUAAAGAACAAGUGAUGAUUGAAAAGCAGCUUUUACUGGAUGAGUCCCCUUCAGUAGCUGCUUUUCACUUGAAGAGGUUCAAAAACGAUGGUUCUGUUGUUGAAAAGAUUGACAAACAUGUAGCCUUCCCGCUUGAAUUGGAUAUGCUUCCAUAUGCUGCUCCAAAGAAUGAAGGAAGUGAAGGAGAUUCGAAAUAUUAUCUGUAUGCAAUAUUAGUUCAUAUUGGAUACUCGUCUUGUUCUGGGCACUAUUACUGUUUCAUACGUGCUGCCCCAGAUGCAUGGUACAAGUUUGAUGACUCAAAGGUUACCCGAGUAGAUGAAGAUUUUGUCAUGUCUCAGGAGGCAUACAUUCUUUUCUAUGCAAAACAUGGCACUUCAUGGUUUUCAGAUUUCACUAAAACACCAAAGUUCACUAUACCCAAACCCAUAUCUAACACUUCUCCCAAGUCAGUUUUAGAUAAUGUAGAUCCCAUUUCCACCAUACAUCCAAUCACCUGUGCUGUUGAAGUUCCAUCUCCAACCACAUUCAGCAGAGCGAACCAUGAAAGAGUAAUGGUAAGCGAGGUAAAUGCAGGUCCACACAUGAUGCCAACUCCUGUAUUUCGUGUUGCAACUAAGUCUUCAGAAGUUGGGGAAAUGCCUUCUCUAUCAUCUCCUCUGGAAGAAAGCAGCAACAGACAGAAUUUUGACAUUACUAAGCUGCAUUUGAAUGAGAUUCCCAAAACACCACCAAGAUCUCCAAGCCCAGAAAUUUACAGAGAGGACUCCCCUGAUGAUGUAUAUUCAAUUCCACGCAAACAUCUGGCGUUGGUGGAUCCAGUUUCUUGUCAAAAAAGAGAAUUGCAGAAGAGCCUAGAGACGGAUAAGAAGAGAAAGCAGGCAGCUUUUCUAGUUAGGAAGAACAUGCCUAGCGCAAGAGGCAAUCAAUUAAUGGCUGCUUUGAGAGGAACACAGAGCGAGAGUGCCGUUGACAAGAAGAAGAGAAGAAUGAUGGCUUCUUCACCGAUCAAAGGUAGCAGCAGCAAUUCCAAUACUUUCCACAAAUCAAGUUUUCCUCCCGGAUCACGUCCUAUAAUUGCCAGCGGCCCCAGAUGAGUAGUAGUUUGUAAUAGGUUGAAGCUGCUAGAUUUUGAACCAAUUCAUGUUUACGCUAUAUUAAUCAAGAAACUUGAUUUCAGUCUUCCAAUUACUAAUACUAUUGGUAUUAAUAUUGGUAUGAUUAUUUCUUGUAUUCUGCUUCGUGCUUUCCAC